CAUACAGAUAAUAUGUGUAGGUAGGUAGGCUUAUUUUAAGUGAGCACUGAUAAAUCAUUCGAGCCUAAAUUACUCACCGCUUACACCACAUGAUUUGUCAGCUAUGUGAUUGGUAUUUUCUAGGUCGAAUAAUUCUGUUUGUCCAUUCAGAAUAGCACGAAUACGAAAUAUUCAUUAAACAUCUACACACAAACAGAUUGGUGUACAGAAAUUCGGUGCCGAAACCACUGUUGUUGUUUGUUUUGUUUUUUGUAUUUCUCUGUCUGUGUGUGUGUGUUAAGUUCCUUGACAGUUUCAGUUAUUUUUCUUCUGAAUAAUUCGAUAAUUUUUUUAAAAUCCUCUUCUUGAGUGUUAAUUCAACUGGUGUGUGGAAUAACUCGUACAGCAAUAAAUUGAAUUCCAAUCCUUUCAGAAACAGAAUACUUGAAAUUGCAAUGCGUACCGGUCAAGGCAAAGAAGUCAUAUCUAUGCGUGUCAUGAUUAGAAAAUAUGUAAAGUUGGAUCCUGAUGAUGAAUUCAGUUCAGACACAUUAAUUAAACGACACGGGGAACAAUUAAAAAAUAAGCAUAAACCAUCAAAAUGGUGUCGAUUACAUAUAACAAAUGAUGAAUUAUGGUUAUCUGGUGGUUAUUGGUGGCCUAAUUCAAUCCUUAACGGUAUACAUUUAAGUGAACUCAAUUGUCUAGUCACAUUCUAUUCUACACCAAAUCUCCUAGCCUUAGGCAUCGCCUCACGUUUAUAUGAUUCAGAAAAGGAGUAUGUUUUACUCUCUACAAAAAGUGGUACAGAUAGAGAUCAACUAGUGAAAACAUUAACAACUCUUUGCGGAAAUCGAUAUAAACAAACUGAAAAAAAAUUCAAUAUACCAAUUAUUGGACCACCUGUGAAUAUUGUUGAAAUCUCAUUAUCCCCAGAAAUAAAACAUUCACUGAAUACAGAAAGAUCAAUUGACAUUAUUCAUGAAUCCUGUUCACAUUCAACUACAUGUAAUAAUCAUUCAGAGGUUUGUGGACAACAGACAACAGUCGUCAGUAUUGAAAAGCCUAUUACAUCAUCAAUUUAUAUUCCACCAUCCACAACAUCGAAUGAAAGUACUACUAAAACAACUAUUAAUGAAAGUACCAGUAUGGAAAUGUGUAAUGAUGAUCAAUCGAUUACAAAACUAUCCUUACAAAAACCACAACAUGAAAUUCAAUGGAAAUCAACAGAAAGUAUAAGACCAUGUCGAUUGAAACGUUUCCUCUCACCGUAUUAUGAAGGACUUGAGUCUGGUUUAAAUCCAAAAGAUUUAAUACAUGUUUAUUAUGAUCCAAAACAAGGAAAUAUUAUCUCACAAGAUGGACCUAUCUACUUAUACUGUGUCAAUUGUCCUAGUGAAUGAAUGAAUGAAUAACACACAAGGAGAAGAAGAAUAAGAAGAAUAGUGUAUGCUCAUGAUCACUGCUCAUAUUAUGAUUAUUAUUAUUAUUGUUUAUUGACUCUUGUCAUAAUAUCGACUAUCGAUAACACUUAGCAGAUUCAUAUAAACUAUUAACAUUGUCAUAUUUCCAGCUCUAUAGUUGCUGCUGUUGUUGUCGUUGAUAACUAUGAUCACAAUGUGUUUACCUGAAACUGUUUAUUGAUUUACUUCUGUGUUACAUAACUGUGUGUGUAAUCUCCUGAGUUUGAAUAGACUAGAAACAACAACAAAAAAGUUUUUUUAUGAUGUAAAAUAGGAUGUAUUUAUUCAUUUAUUACUAUUAUUAUUAUUAUUACUCAGAAAUAUUAUUGGGUAGUGCAAAUAGUUAUUCCAUACUUUUUCUUCCUCAUCUUCUUCCAUAAUCUCGUUUAUUUCAACAACAACAAAACAAAAAUAAUUGAGGCAUAUCUGCACAUAUUUGCUUUCGUAUAUUUAUAGGCGUAUCUGUAAACUGUUCAUUAUGAUAAUUUUAUGUUACUUUGUUGUCGACUUAAAUUCUCUACAUCGUUGGGGGUGGAUGGGUGGGUGUUGUAACUAAAUACUGGAACAAAUGAACUAUCUAUUUGUAAAUCGACUGUACCAGCUUGCAAUCUUGAGGCUGUUAAGGUUUCUUAGUGGAAGAUAUCGUAUUUGGAAUUAGUGGUGUUUUCUCUGAGCUGGUUGGUUCAAUUGCGAAGCUUUCGCCAACCUCCAUCUAGAUAAUGUCUUAAGCGCAAGUCUUAACAUAACAUGAACUGAUUUAUAUUCUCCAUGAAUGAUAGAAUUUCGCCUCCUGGUAACCAUCUUCGUGACUGGUACUCGAUUUACAUCUGUACUGAUCAUUGUUUAUUGACUUGGAAUUUGAAGUUUCUCAUCACAUGAUUUACUUUUAAUUAUUCAAGUAU